AUGUGCUUACGAACAAUGUGCCAUUACAGGUUGUGUGACCAGACGCCAUACUCUUGGAUUGUACAACCAUGCAAGCCUCUUGGAAUUUGCGACACGAUACACACUAGGAGUUUCUCUAUCGAUGACUUCUGCCCCGAAUGUUACAUGGCGGAAGAUCCCCUGAAAAUGCUCGCCAAUCAACUUAUGGUCGGAAGAUUCAACACAGAAUAUGAGUUUCAUAAACUUUAUUUCAAAGAGUCCAACGUAUCGGAGAAAGCCAAUGCUGUGUUGAAUCGAGCGCAUGCCUUUGUAAAUAUCAACUUUGAGCCAGAUAUUAGAGAAAAUCUUGACAUAUUUUGCUCCAACAAACGACUGAACCUCGAUGUUUUUAAUCAUCUUUACCUCCUCGUUUUUCAGCAACUUCUACCUCAUCUCUGGAUCACUGUUGGGACUGGUCAAGCACAGAAAAUAUCCCGAGAGGAUAAAAUUAUAAUAUUGCAAUUACGGCAGGCUAUACUUCGAGAUCUUGCGUAUAACCGUGCAGAGACUCAUUACAAGGAAACAAAACAGGAAGGAAAAUGGAGAAAAGCGAUGGGUGCCCACGCCCCACUGAUUGCAAAUGUCUGCGAUAAUCCUCCAGAUGAUUAUUGCAUGAUAUGUCAACACGAGAAACUGAAUGAAGCGCUGUCUCUAACUUUAGAGUGUGGCCACAUGUUCCACAAAGAUUGUCUUGAUAUGAUGAUCGAGUUCAAAGGAUGCGCCAUCUGCAGACAGGAAUGCCGCGGCCCAUUGCCUGAUAUAUCAGCGGAAGAAUCUGGUCCAUGGCCAGAAUGGUUAGAAGCGAUCGCUCCCUCCCAUCGCCCUCAAGUCCAGCAUGAGCUUCUUGAGCAGUCUCCUCCUACAGAUGCGAGAAUAAGUGACUUGGAAAUGGCUUUCCAGCAAGCCCGAGAAAGAACUGCAAGGUUGUAUAAUGAAGUUUUGCGUCAUCAAGCAAAUCUUUCAGAGGCUAGACUUCUGACGGAAACCACCGAGGAAGAUUUGCAUCAACAAGCGUUGGAUAUGAGUGAGAUUCAGUGGGACGAACAUAAUAGCCGCAUCGAAUCGAUACAGAGAAAAUACAAGCGCUAUCAACAAAUGCUCUACGCCAAAAGGUUGCAGGUAAUGGAUUACGAGUUCGAUCAUUUAAAAAGCCUUGCGGAAUACAACAAGUUGCCUUCCGAUCCCAACGAAGAGCUUCAACAUAGAUAUUAUCGAGCCAACGAGUGGGUAGUCGCGCGAGAGCUAUUUCAUUCUCAGAAAAGAAAGCAAGUAAUAGGACAGGCAUUGGAAAGUGUUUACUUCAAUAUUCUUUCCCCUCAAUAUACAAUGGCUCUUGGCGAUCGCAGGGGGGACGAAGGCUACGCAGAGAAAAAGGUGAGUGAAGCUGAACACCUAUGGAGACAAAGUGUAGAUGCGAGGGACGACGCCAAAGAUAGAUUGGACCUGGCUCUAUACCAUAAGUCAUUGUUCGAAUACAGCGAAUAACGCAGUCAAUCCAUAUCGAAAAAUGUGAAGAGAUUCUCUAUGUCGUAUUUAAUCAAAGAUGGGGGGAUUAUCCGUGUGAAUUGGGGAAGGGUUGAUUUCGAGUAACUAUGUAAUAUUUUGGUUCCUUUUUGGGUGAAUUGCUGCUAGUGCGAUCUUCUAUUUGAAUUGGAUGCA